GACAGAAGCUUCGUGAGAAAGAUACCGAGCGUGUUUUUGUGAGAGAGGGUGAAGCUUAUUCCCGAGAUGCCCGAGAAUGUCUCCCUCAUCAGGAACCGGACGGAAGUCACGCAGGGUCGCGCUUGGGGUAGCGGAGCAGGCGCGCGGCCAGCAUGGGUCGUCAUGGUGCUGGCCGGUGUGCUGAUCUUCACGAGCGUGGUGGAUGUGCUCGGUAACGUGCUGGUGAUCAUCUCGGUGCUCAGAAAUAGAAAACUGAGAAACGCGGGUAAUGCGUUUGUAGUGAGCCUGGCUUUUGCCGAUCUUCUGGUGGUUUGCUAUCCCUACCCUCUGGUCUUGCACGGCAUGCUGCACGCGGGCUGGUUGCCGGGGGAGAUGGAGUGUAAGGUCAGCGGCUUCCUGAUGGGAGCGAGUGUCAUCGGCUCCAUCUUCAACAUCACCGCCAUCGCCAUCAACCGCUACUGUUUCAUCUGCCAAGCCAACACCUACGAGAAAAUCUACGGCCGCGCCGGAACCCUGGCGCUUCUGACGUUAGUCUGGGUGCUCACCGCCAUCGCCAUUCUUCCAAACCUGGCGCUGGGGUCGUUGACGUACGACCCUCGCGUUUACUCAUGCACCUUUAGUCAGACGACAAGCGCGGGCUACACCAUCGCCGUGGUGACCGUGCACUUCCUGCUUCCUAUCGCGGUAGUUACGUUCUGCUAUCUGAGGAUUUGGGUGCUGGUGCUCCGCGUGAGGAGGCGGGUCACAACCGACGUCAGGCCACGCCUCCGUCCGAGUGAGUUGCGCCACUUCUUGACCAUGUUUGUCGUCUUUGUGCUUUUCGCCGUCUGCUGGGCGCCGCUGAAUCUGAUUGGCCUGGCUGUAGCGGUGGACCCACCCCACGUAGCGCCCUUGGUCCCUGAUUGGCUGUUUGUGGUGAGUUAUUUCAUGGCAUAUUUUAACUCCUGCCUGAACGCCGUAGUGUACGGACUGCUCAAUCAGAACUUCCGCAGAGAAUAUCGAAGAAUACUUCUGUCACUUUGUAAGCCACGCCUCUUCCUGCAGGAGACGUCAAAGGGCGGGACUGAGCGCAGCAACAAACAGUCACCUGGCAACAACAAUAACGAUGAUCAGCCCAAAGCGAACACAAUAUAAGUUACCCACAAUACAUUCAAUUGUUCACAGAUAUCAAAGAGAGAAUGCUGCAAAAAGGUUUUAAAUCG